GCAGUUAUCAUUACUACAGUUUAAUUUAGGACCGUGCCGGUGUCUAAUCUGCUUAAUUAAAACGCCCACCUGAUUGGACGGUGAUAAUCCCGCGGGGCCUCGCGCUCUUACUCACGCGCUCGCAGGACUGAGCGCGAGUCUCAAUCUGCCCAGGGCGAGGGCAAGACGCACUGCGAGAACGCGCAAGUUCAGACGAGGCGUCUAAAGUACACGCAACAUCGCUGUAUGCGCGCAACGGCGUUACACAAGUGUUCAGCGUGAUAGGGAAAGAAAGAUCGCCAUCGAUUUCAUUUUCAGCAACACUUCUGAGGACAUCAAGCAAAGACAGCGCGAGAUCAUCGUUCAAGAAAGUUUUCCUCCCGGUCUCUGUUUUUUUGUUUUAGUUUUGUUUUCUCCAAAAUGAAUGUCGGAGAAGAGAACUUGCUAAAAUCGAUCAGUAACGACACCCUGCUGGACCUGACGCAGCGGUACGGACAGUCCGCGUUCGGCUUCGGCGCUGGCCAUGGUGCUGGAAGUCCUGCCCGUUUCUCACUGACACCCGCGGCGGAUUUCCUUUCCGGUCAAACGGGAAAGUCGAACGAAAGUGGCGGGGAGCAAACCAGCGACGAGGAUGACGGCUUUGACCACCUCGAGUCCCGUAAGAGGGGUGCUGGGUUUGACGAAGAGAAGCACUCGGGUACCAAAAAGCCGAAGGAGCAAAGAUCUCUGCGGCUGAGCAUCAACGCGCGGGAGAGGAGACGGAUGCACGACCUCAACGACGCUCUUGACGGCCUGAGGUCUGUGAUUCCUUACGCUCACAGUCCAUCCGUGAGAAAACUAUCCAAAAUCGCCACUUUGCUGCUUGCUAAAAACUACAUCCUCAUGCAGGCGCAAGCGCUGGAGGAAAUGCGCCGGUUGGUGGCUUAUCUAAACCAAGGACAGACUAUAACUUCACCGAUGCCCACCGCACUGGCGCCUUUCGGACAGGCGGCCGUGUACCCAUUUACCGGCACGGCACUGGCCGCCUGCGCGGAGAAAUGCAGCUCGUUCACCGGGAACCCAUCCAAUCUCUUCAAACACUGCAAUGACAAGCCUUGACUUCCAUACAUUGAACUCUUACCUGCUCUAUUUUACCUUGUGCGCGUUUGAAUAUUUAUUGAGAAUGGGCUUGGGUCAAAACCCAUAUUAAGUGUCUAAAUAACUCAUCCAGUUUUAUUAGAUAAUGUUUAAUAAAUUCAGGAUUAACUGAGGGUCAUGGUAUUAUUGGAAAAAGCUAAUUUAUCAGUUAUUUCUCCUUUGUCAAAUUAUUUGUGAAAUAAGACAAAAAAGAAAUUGUACUUGAUUACAGCUUGCAGAGGACUUAAUUGUUAUACAAACCUACAAAGUUUUCCCUUUCGAUUCCAGCGUUAUUAGUGAACUAUGCAAUAAACUGCAACGAAAACGACAUGGCCCACAAAUAACUUCUUGAAGAUCGGUUUUGUAAAAGGAUGGCACCAAAACCAUGUGUGUGUGAAAUGAAUAAACGACGCCGACGUCUGUCAGUGUAGGAAAAACAGUGUUAUAUUCAAAAAUGUUUGGCCUAAAAGGAUUUUGUUUUGUUAUUGCACAAUUCACUUGAUUGUAUUGUACAACUGUGAAUAACUACUUGAUCAAGCCUACAAACAUUUGAUCUUGUUGCGACAUGAGUUUCAUACUGUAUAGCUAUUGUUUAUAUGUCUUUAUAAUUAAAACAUAUCUAUGAAC